CCCGAAGCUCUUCGCGAUUCCACGUACUUGCUCCGUUGAGCUCUUGCUGACAUUUCUUUUUCGCAUUGCUAUUCCGGAUAGCCCUGAGUUCCCUCUUGGAAAUGGUGUAAUGCCCCCUGUCUUGAGCGCAUCGAGCGUCUGACCUCCGAACGACCACCCUGAUGCGCGCAGUACUGCCGGGGAGACCCCCAGCGAAGCUCCAAUCUUUCAGCACCGCGCUGUGGAAUGGUCUUCGAGUUGUUGUGUACAUCUCUGGUCAAGCACUCGUUAUUCUCGGCGGUCCGCAUAAGCUCCUACAAACAAUCUAUGUGGACGAUACCAAGGCUCUGGAGGCCGUGGUGAUAGAUGAAGCGUCUGGUAAAAUUGCUGCGUGUGGAGGACCAGAUGUUUUUAUCUACCAACCGUACGGGAUUCAGAACGAAACGUUAAGGUGGUCCCUGGUCUCUACCUUCCGCUACAAAGAUGAUGACGAGCCGAUUCGGACUGUUUCAUGGGGCUCCCCUGACGAGCUUCUCCUAGGCAACUCGUAUCUCACCCUUUGGUAUCUAACCGAUACACCGCGUGCAGUAUGGCGACAAAAGCUGGCAAAUCCUGUCAAAUUUGCGCAAUUCUCCCCCGAUUCGGCCCUCAUUGUUACCACAGGACACUACGACCGUUUGGUCAAAGUAUGGAGGCGGUUGGCAUUUGGAGCUGAUGACGUGCGAUUCGAGGUAUCGUAUCUCGCACAUCCCGCCAUCGUUACAGGAUUCCACUGGCGUCGACCAUACCAUCGAGACCAAUCGAUGGAAAACGUCUUCUACACUCUAUGUGCGGACAAUAAGAUCAGAGUGUGGGCGACGAUGGACCAUCAUGCUCAUUCUGCCCUCCAGCUUUGGACGCAGAUCGAUAUGGACGUCUCUUUGCAGCCGCGACAUGCGACAGAGAGAACUAGCGCAACCCGCAGGUACGGGUUUAUAGUUGAUAGUCGGGAUUUCUGUACCGCUACUGAGCAGGCGGUGCAGAGAAGCACAGGGAAUAAGGGCAACCACGCCUUGGAGCAUCUAAUUGAAGUGGCGAACAAGAGUCCGGAAAUAUGUGUUGUGAUAGAUGGGAUGGGACAUAUGUCUGCAUGGGCACUGGAAGAUGUUGGCUCGAAAGUCAGGUCAGAAAUGAGCGUUUUUAAUAUCCUGCAUGUGGAGGGCUUGGACUUUUCAUUCAUGCCUGGCCUUUCCUCGCAAGAGGACUAUGCCCGAUUAUGCGCAUUUCAAAGCUCGGAUCCACCGGAUUCCAUAUCCGUUCUUAUCCAUCACUUUGACGGCCGAAUCGAAUGGUUCGACUCCCAAGUCGAUGUGUUAUUCGACCCAACUCCACGCAAAAACAGAGUUAAUCUCAAAGCGUCCUGGACCGGACAUAUCGGUCCUAUCAAAAAAAUCCUCCGCAAUGCCACUGGAGGUACUGUUACCUCGCGUACUGAUGACAACAACGCGUUGAUCUGGAAGCAAAAGUGGAAGGAGAGCGACUCCGGGCUUGUCCGCAGGAGCUCCUUGUCUUCUGAUGAACAUAUUCAUCGUAGUUGUGUGAUUGAAAAUGGAGAUUUCAUUGUUAACCUACAUCACCAUGGAAUUUCUCUUUGGGACAUUCGCUCGUUCCAUGCCACCAAGCUCGCAGACGCGACGUUGGAGCUUUCAAGCAAGCCUCUCUGCGUUUUGUCGGUCCCAGCUGCUGAGCAGAAUUCAGGGUUCCUAUACAUAGCAGCAAUUGCGGCUGAUAUGAGUGGAGUAGCCUGGGAAAUUCAACUUCCGACUAAAAAGAAGCAAGCUAACGGUGGGAAGCCUGAUUCCCAAUGUUAUUUGAAGAAGUUUUGUACUUUUCAUCUAGGCCUCAAAGAGGACAUAUCUUAUAUUCUCCCAGUUGACCCGGCGGGUCCGAGGGCUCAGAUAUCAGGGUUUUUCGAUCUUUUUUCACCUGACAUCGCUCUGUCUUAUACUGAGACAGGUGUUGUUCGAACAUGGACUACCAAGGUUGAUCAUGAGAAUAGCCGACUUGAGUGGCUCUUAACAUCUACGGUUGAGACCGGUAUCAUGAACCCUUCUCUCGCCAGCGGAAGUUCCAUUAAAAAGGCGGCUCUUGUCGACGAGGAUCGCACACAGCUGACUAUCUGGGAUACCAGCGGGGCACAGCUUGAGUUCGAGGAGCAUUUCUCACAGCAGGAUGUUAUCCGCGACCUGGAUUGGACGUCCACACCAGACAUGCAGUCCAUUCUUGCGGUGGGGUUUCCGCACAAGGUAAUUUUACUAUCACAGCUUCGUUAUGACUACCUCGACUCUGGUCCAUCGUGGACACAAAUCCGAGAAAUCCGGAUCCGCGACCUCACUCCCCAUCCGAUCGGUGAUUCCUGCUGGCUCAGCAAUGGCCAUCUUGCUAUCGGAGCAGGGAAUCAACUUUUUGUUUAUGGUAAUCAGAUUGAUACCGCCGACCGCCUAGUAUCCCAGCUGCGCAUCCCAUCUCAUGGCUCCGCAUCUGUAGGUCUUUUCGAGAUCGUCAGUCGCCUUAAUGGCCCGCUUCCCGUUUUCCACCCGCAAUUUAUCGCGCAGUGUAUACUCAGCGGCAAGGCAAACCUGGUCCAUUCAAUUCUGAUGAAUCUCCAUCGGAAACUCAAAUUCUACACCGAGGGCGAUGAGAUCGAUGGGUUUUUAGAGAUGCCUUUGGAGGAUUUCUAUGUGGAGCAUGAUACGCCCCAAAAGGCAUUCUCAAAAGAACUCAACUCGUCAUAUGCAGAUAUUUCCCUAGAGGAUGAACCGACAGUAAUGGAUGAAACCACCGCCGCUGCCCUCAAUGAAAACUUAGCGCGGGUUGCUUUACCCCAGUUAUCUAGCCAAGAGCAAUUUCGGCUGGUUGAUGCCGUUGAAUGUGUUGCUACUGUCGAGAAACAUCGGCGUUCAAUGGAUGACAACGCCGCUCGUUAUCUCCUGUUUUUCCGACAGCAUAUGUUGCGUAGAACGCAGGGUGUUGCUAAUAAUGAUACAGUCUCAUGGCGAGAGAUUGUUUGGGCAUUUCAUAGCGGCAGUCAGGACAUUCUUCUCGACCUUGUCUCAAGACAGUUUGGUGGCAAGUUGACCUGGAAAGCGGCCAGGGAAAGCGGGAUGUUCAUGUGGUUAUCAAGCCCUACAGCCAUUCGGGAGCAAUUAGAGGUAGUCGCUCGAAAUGAGUACACAAAGACGGAGGAAAAGAAUCCAAUCGACUGCUCUUUGUAUUAUCUUGCGCUCAGGAAGAAGAAUAUUCUCCAGGGUCUUUGGCGGAUGGCAUAUUGGCACCGCGAGCAAGCGGCUACCCAGCGAUUACUAGGAAAUGACUUCAGCGACACUCGAUGGCAAACCUCCGCCAUGAAGAAUGCAUAUGCUUUAUUAGGGAAACGGAGGUUUGAAUACGCUGCGACUUUCUUCCUGCUUGCGGACCGUCUGAAGGAUGCCGCCUUCGUUUGCCUAAACCAGGUGGACGACCUUCAACUCGCCAUUGCCAUCACCAGGGCCUAUGAAGGAGAUGAUGGCCCAGUGCUGAAGGAGAUUUUAGAAAAGCGAGUUCUGCCAGAGGCAGCUGCUGACGGAAACCGUUGGAUGGCUUCCUGGGCUUUCUGGAUGCUUGGCCGGCGUGAUAUGGCCGUGCGAUCACUUAUUUCACCCGUUGAAACCCUCGUUCCAUCACCCCCUGCCUCUCCUGGAACACCGGGGUCAAUCCCUCUGCAGGCUAAGUCUUACCUUUCCAACGAUCCUGCAUUGGUUGUAUUAUAUAAACAACUUCGCGAAAAGACCUUGCAAACCCUGAAAGGAGCGUCCAAAGUGUCUGCCCAAGCCGAGUGGAAUUUUGUCAUUCGAAACGCACGCCUGUACGAUCGAAUGGGAUGCGACUUCCUCGCCUUGGAUCUUGUCCGCCACUGGGAGUUCCUAAGGGAAGCUCCCAGUCCCCAACUCACGCGGGAUGGCGUGCUUAAUCUCGAGAGUGGCGGCGUUGAUUAUAGGAAAAUGCUUCGACGGAGAAGCAGUCUCGUGGUUGCCGACAUGCCCGUCAAGCCCAUGUUCGCGGCGGAGCCCAAAUCUCCGAUUGAACAGAAACCAAAGAAACCAGCACAGCCGCCGCCCACAAUGUUCCAUGAGCCAGAUGCCAACUCUCUCCUUGAUAGUUUUGGCUUCUAAACUGGUCAUGUCUGUUGUUUGUUCGAACAGACAGCGGUGAUCCAUGUACUGUACAUCCAUACGUAUUAGAAGGCAGUUUCGAAGUUGAUUUCUAUGCCUGAUUAUCUAGAGGAUCUCGAUAUUGCUCGUCAACUUGAAAAAUAUUAGAGAAACCAUCAAGACUAGUAGAUUAUUCUUUUCAUAUCCAAACUAACGCCACGCUUUUUAUAGAUAUUAUAUACAGAGAGAAUCCAACACAGAAAAUAAGAACAAAGAAACCACCAAAAAGAAGAAGAAGAAGAAGUAAGCUAUCUAACGCCCCCAAAGCGAAAGCCUCCUCCGCGUAUGCUGCCAUAAUCUCCUCCGAGGCGCCGUACCAUUCCCAGCGCCCGGUGCGGUCCCGUUCAAAAACGCAGUCACCAUGGUCAUAUUAUUGAUACUCGGCCCAUGAACCACCAUAGAACCCUUUCUCUUUCCCUUUCUGCCUCCCUUUCUGCC